ACAAAUCGUUGCCACUUUUUUCUCUCAAGUUCCACUUCUCUUCUCUGCUCCCUGUUCUUUUUUUUUUGUUUUGACAUAGCUUCAUUUCACUUGUUGAUUGGUCUCAGGUGUUUCUGGUUGAUUGAAAACAAAAUAAUUUAUUCUCGUUAUAGAAAUUGAAGUCGCAAAAUAUCCAUUACGGUUUUAGUUAACUAACGUUUUGUGAGAUGUCGAAGUUAUACGUUGGUUUAGUGAACACUACGGAUCGUUACGUUCCAAACAAGCUGAGGCCGCUUUGGAAUCAUGCAGCAGGGCCGAAAACCGUCUUCUUUUGGGCUCCAGUAUUCAAAUGGGGUUUGGUAGCGGCCGGCUUAAGUGAUCUACGUCGUCCCGCUGAUCAGCUUUCAGUAUCCCAAUCAGCUUCUCUAGCUGCUACUGGUUUAAUAUGGUCUCGUUACUCGUUGGUGAUAAUUCCGAAAAAUUACGGUCUUUUUUCUGUCAAUGUGUUUGUAGCGAUUACCCAAAUAGUGCAGCUGUAUCGUGCCUGGGAUCACAGUCGAACCCAUAAAUAGAAAUGCGAGUAGAGACCGAAAUGUUGUGAUUUUUAAAAGUGAAUAAAAAUGCUUCCUUUAUGUUUUCGAUCUAACAGGUGGAACAUGUUA